AUGGCUAUGGAAGAUGAAUAUAAGACUCUUAUUAAAAAUAAGAUGUGGGAGUUAGUGCCUCGCCCACCUAAUGUGCAUGUUAUUCGGUAUAUGUGGAUUUUUAGACAUAAAGAACACUCUGACGGUUCCUUUGAGAGGCAUCAAGCCCGACUUGUAGGUGAUGGCAAAACUCAACAAGUUGGCGUGGAUUGUGGUGAUACUUUUAGCCCAGUGAUGAAACCGGCGACCAUCCGCACUGUUCUCAGUCUAGCUCUCUCUAAUGCUUGGCCUAUUCACCAACUUGAUGUGAAAAAUGCAUUCUUACAUGAUGAACUCGAGGAAACUAUCUACAUGCAUCAACCCGUGGAUUUCCGAGACCCUACACAUCCUGACCAGUGGCGAACCUUCAAGUCUGAUCAUUCUCUGUUCAUCCACCGAAAAGGUAUUGAUAUGGCGUAUCUUCUUUUGUAUGUGGAUGAUAUCAUCUUAACCACCUCUUCUGAUGAUCUUCGCCAGUCUAUCAUGACACUUCUCAACUCUGAAUUUGCUAUGAAGGAUUUGGGACCACUCAGUUAUUUCUUGGGAAUAGAAAUUACUCGUUAUGCAGGUGGUUUGUUUUUAUCUCAAAAGAAGUACGUCGAAGAGAUCAUAGAACGAGCUAGCAUGUCGUCUUGUAGGCCAAGUGCCAUGCCAGUUGACACCAAACCGAAGUUAAGUGCCACCUCUACCUCACCAUUUAAGGAUCCUUCACUUUAUCGCAGCCUGGCAGGUGCACUGCAAUAUCUCACGUUCACGAGACCAGACAUUUCGUAUGCUGUGCAACAGAUUUUUCUAUUCAUGCAUAACCCGAUGGAGGUCCACAUGAAUGCUCUCAAACGUAUUGUGUGCUAUAUUAAGGGCACCCUUGAUCAUGGCUUUCAUCUUUAUCCAUCUAAACCCACCACUUUCAUUUCGUAUACGGAUGCAGAUUGGGGUGGUUGUCCGGAUACCAGGCGUUCGACUUCUGGUUAUUGUGUCUUUCUUGGUGAUAAUCUCAUUUCUUGGUCCGCCAAGCGGCAGGCCACCAUGUCUUGA